AUGGACAAUGGAAUGUUUUCUAGCUUUGUCAUGAUCAAAAACCUCCUUCUCUUUUGCAUUUCCAUGAAUUUAGCCAGUCACUUUGGCUAUUCACAAAUGCCAACAAGUUCAGCGAAAGAUGAGACCAAUGAUAAUAUUACAAUAUUUACCAGGAUUUUGGAUGGUCUCUUGGAUGGAUAUGACAAUAGACUGCGACCAGGACUUGGAGAGAGAAUAACUCAGGUGAGAACAGACAUCUAUGUUACCAGCUUUGGUCCAGUGUCUGAUACAGAGAUGGAGUAUACCAUUGAUGUAUUUUUCCGACAAAGCUGGAAAGACGAAAGGCUUCGUUUCAAAGGACCAAUGCAGCGUCUCCCUCUCAACAACCUCCUUGCCAGCAAGAUUUGGACUCCGGACACAUUUUUUCACAAUGGAAAAAAGUCUAUAGCGCACAACAUGACCACACCAAACAAACUCUUACGGCUGGAGGAUGAUGGUACCCUGCUGUAUACCAUGAGAUUGACUAUCUCUGCUGAAUGUCCGAUGCAACUUGAAGACUUCCCAAUGGAUGCACAUGCUUGUCCUCUGAAAUUCGGAAGUUAUGCAUAUCCUAAUUCUGAAGUGAUCUACAUCUGGACUAAUGGCACUGCUAAAUCUGUGGUGGUAGCAGAAGAUGGAUCCCGCCUAAACCAGUAUCAUCUGAUGGGGCAAACGGUGGGAACUGAAAAUAUCAGUACCAGCACAGGAGAAUACACAAUAAUGACAGCACAUUUCCAUUUAAAAAGAAAGAUUGGUUACUUUGUCAUUCAGACAUACCUCCCCUGCAUAAUGACAGUGAUCUUAUCCCAGGUAUCAUUUUGGUUGAACAGAGAAUCAGUCCCUGCUAGAACUGUUUUUGGAGUAACUACAGUGCUAACAAUGACAACCUUGAGCAUCAGUGCCCGAAACUCUCUGCCCAAAGUUGCUUAUGCAACCGCAAUGGACUGGUUCAUAGCUGUGUGCUAUGCUUUUGUAUUCUCUGCAUUGAUUGAGUUUGCCACAGUGAACUAUUUUACAAAGAGAAGCUGGGCAUGGGAUGGCAAAAAAGCUCAAGAAGCAGCCAAAAACAAGAAAAAGGAGCGGGAAAUAUUUAUAAAUAAAUCAACAAAUGCUUACAAUACUGGAAAGAUGACCCAUCCUCCAAACAUCCCAAAGGAUCCAGCUCCAUCAGGGAUCUCAAAUGCAACUCCUGUUCCAGUGAAACCUGCAGAAGAAAAGCCUCCUGAAAGUAAAAAGACAUAUAAUAGCAUCAGCAAGAUUGACAAAAUGUCCCGCAUUGUUUUCCCAGUUCUGUUUGGCACUUUCAACUUAGUAUACUGGGCCACAUAUUUGAAUAGGGAACCCGUUAUUAAAGGAGCCAUGCCUCCAAAAUAA